AUGGCGCUAGAUGUUUCACAUGCACAGGAGCCAGGUGACAUGAUUGAGAUCCAAAGAGCUGGAUACAGUCACUGGGCACUGUAUAUUGGAAAUGGAUACGUUAUUCACCUCACAGGAGAUGGUGCUCUUAAAGAUGCCAUCUCUGGGGUUUUUGGUAGCACUGGAUCAGUUGCUUCGGUCAUUGCUAUUGUGAAGAAGGAGAAGGUCAAGGCUGUAGCAAAUGAUGACAAAUGGUCAGUGCACAACCACCUGGAUAAUGAGUACGAGACAAAAUCCCCAGAUGUCAUCGUGAAAGAGGCAAAGAAACUUGUUGGCCAGAAAAUACCAUAUAACCUCCUCACCUUCAACUGUGAGCAUUUUGUCACCAAUCUGCGCUAUGGCAUACCAGAUUGCAGGCAGAACAAUGGUAGAGAUCGGGUAGUCCUGAUGUAG